AUGGCGGCCCUCGCCGGGCUGCCGGAGCCGCUGCCGGGCCGCCCUCGGGGCUCUGCUCGCUGGGCGAGAGGGCGACUUCCUAAUUUGUUUAUUUUUCUUUCACAGCUGAAAGCUGACGUGGUUCCAAAGACGGCAGAAAACUUUAGAGCUCUUUGUACUGGUGAAAAAGGAUUUGGGUAUAAAGGAUCCACUUUUCACAGAGUGAUUCCUUCAUUUAUGUGCCAGGGUGGUGACUUUACAAAUCAUAAUGGAACUGGUGGAAAAUCCAUCUAUGGCAGUAGAUUUCCAGAUGAAAAUUUCACACUUAAGCAUGUAGGACCUGGUGUUCUUUCAAUGGCCAAUGCAGGACCCAAUACAAAUGGAUCUCAGUUCUUCAUUUGCACUGCAAAAACCGAGUGGCUAGAUGGAAAACAUGUUGUUUUUGGGCAUGUAAAGGAAGGAAUGGAUGUCGUGAAAAAAAUUGAGAGCUUUGGUUCCAAGAGUGGAAAGACCUCCAAAAAGAUUGUCAUUACUGACUGUGGUCAGCUGUCCUAGCCUUUUGCCCUACCAUUCAGGACAACUUCGAUGCUGUGAAAAGUGAAUCAUAAAAAACCCCAAACGUUUCUGAUCCCAUGAAUAGCACCUAUGGAACCAUAGUUUCUAUUUAACUUGGUCCAACUUUUAUUCUUACAUUGAAUAAUAUUGAUUAAAAGCACAAAACAAUAAUUGAAACAUGUUUUAACUGAGCUACCGUGGUAGUCACACUGAUUUGCUGGAGUCCCAUUGCGUUUUGAAAGAAGUAGUGCAGUCACUCAGCAUAUCCGACUGCAGUGUUGAUACUGUUCUUAGUAUUUGGGUGUUCCAGGUGUUAGAAUCGGUGGUGGAGUUGACAACUAAGUGUUCUGUACCUGGGGGGUUACAUACAAAUUGAGAAAUACCUUGUUUCCUUUGGUGCUAAUGAACGCCUGUUCUGUUGUUCAUCUCAUCAUUUUGAAAAAAUAAUGCUAACUAGUGCUCUCAAGGCUGUCUGCAACAUGACUGUCAGACAUCUUCUUUCUGUGUCUCAAUUUAAGUCUAUCCAGUAAAAUUAAUGUGUGGUUGUAGGGUUUUUUUAAAUUAAUUCUGUUUUAAUCUUUUCUUUUUUUGUAGUCUCAGACCACUGUUUUAAACUGAACUCUACCUUACCUUGCUUCAAUGGAGCAAUUUGACUUUUGGGUUAAGUAAAUUGCUUUAGGUUGAAUUAGCCUACUACUAGAGCUCUACCUGGGCAAUAAGACCACAAAUUAGCCAGAAGAUCAUGGGACUUUUUUUAUUACGCAACUGUGAACUUACUCGAAGUGCAGUUCUGCUCUGAGACCUGGUUCUGUGAGGAAUACAGCACAGUUCUCAAAAGAUAGCCUAUUUUUGCACUUUGAGAAUAUAAUCAGAGUAUAGUAAGCUUUCUUGAGUGAGAAACAGGUUUCAUUGCUUUUUUGUCCUGUUGGUCCUGCGAAGUCAGCCCACCUUGGGUAUUACUUGGAUUAUGAUUUCUUCUCGUACAUCAUCAGCAGAAGUCAAAAUCGGUCACCACGAAAUCGCAAGGCCUAAUUGGUGCAGCAGAAUCGUUAUUGUUGGGGUUGAUGUACGAGAAGGAAAGAAUUCAGCUGAUCAGAUAAACACAUUUCGUUUGUAUAAACUAGUAUGUUUUAUGUGGAGUGCUUGAGCAGUAACAAAUGUUGGAACCUCACAACAUCACUUUCAGAAUCACUAAAGCUGUAAAGUAGUAAUGCAUGGGGAAAAAAGCACUUGACUGGUUUUGUGCAAUAAUCUUGUUACUGAAGAGAAAAAUAAAAUGUGAUGGCUGUCUUCAAAUGUGAAUUUACUUCCAUUGCAUUCUGAUAAUAUGUGGGUUUAAAACUAUUUUGCACUGGAUUUUUUUUUCCACUGAGGGCUGCAUUCUUGUGUGUAUGAGGUAGUAUUCAGAGUGUAAUUUUGCAGAAAAUGGAAUUGAAAAGCUUUUUAUUCUUUCCACUCUAGCUGUUUCAUGUUUCUUUGUAGG